ACCAGUCCGAAAAUAAAGAGAAAGAAGAAGAAAAGAAACACACAGCUGAGCUGAGAAAUCCCAUUGUGUUUCAAAUUUGGAGCUCCACCACCACCGAGUCAACGAUAAACCCCCCCACCCCCACCGAUCCAUUAAAUUCCUCGUCUCAUCAGUAAUGGAAGGUGUAGGUGCUCGACUCGGAAGGUCUUCAACUCGUUAUGGACCUGCAACUGUAUUCAGCGGACCAGUAAGAAAAUGGAAGAAGAAUUGGGUACACGUGUCUCCGUCAAAUUCUUCAAAUCACCAUGCUCAAUCAAAUGGUAGUAACGGUAAUAAUAACGGUUCACAUCUUCUUCUCUACAAAUGGACAUCAGAUAAGAGUUCUUCAGGGAAGGAUUAUAACAAUGGCGUUACUACACCUGAAGAGACUCCUCCCAAGAAAAUUCGAUAUAUCCCGAUUUCUGUAUUAGAAGAGCAGAGAAGGGAGGCUGCUGAAGAGGCCGAAGAUGAAGCUAAACUUAAAGAGGCUGAAGCAACAGCAAGGGGAGCAUCCAAGAGUGAUGGUUCUGAAGGAAAACCGGACAUCAAUGAUAUUCCAGAAGAAGAAACUCAGGAUAUGGAUGAGGAUGAACCAGCUCUACCAGAAUCAAAUGAGACUAGCUUAGAUUUGAAUUUGGGGUUGAAGGCUCUUGAUGGUGAGCGUGCUCCCAGUUCCAAAACAGAGGGCCAGUUGGAAAGAGCGAACUCUGGUGGAACAUCCAGAUAAGGCAAAGUCUGUUGCUUGGUUGAACUAGAAUCAUUCACAUCAAAGACUCGCGUAAUUUCUGUAUUAUGUUAUGGCGAGAAAUGUUUCCUAAUAGAAAUUUGGUCGAACUUAGCAGUAAAAUGUACGGUUUCACUAAUGAAUUGAGCAGUAAAACAGAACCAAUUUCUCAGUAAAAUGUAAGGUUUCACUAAUGAAUUUAGCAGUAAAACAGAACCAAUUCAAACACUUGAAACAGCAGAA